AUGCGAGGAAAUCAUUGUUGGAUUUUGUUACAAGUUAGUUUUAAAUUAGUGCUGGAAGUUGAUCCUUCUGUGGUGAAAGAAACGAGAAUAUUGUUGCAGACCAGCACGGAGCAUGCACUAUCACUUUUGGUUGUCGAUAAUGGCAGUGGUUGUGUCAUUGAUGAAUAUUUCAAUGAUGGCAACAUAGAUAAAGCUUUUAACGUGUUUGAAGAAAUACGUGAGAAAGGCAUAGCAUGUAGUAUUAUGACAUACAACCUUGUGAUAAACGAGUAA